AUGGACACAAAAGCAUUGGCAAAAUCAAAGAGAUCACACACAUUACAGCACAACAAGAGCAAAAAGCCGCACCCAAAUCAAAAACCCAGCAAAACCCCAUCAACUGAAAACAAGCAAAAACCCCAAAAAUCACGUCUUCCAUCAAACUGGGAUCGUUAUGAAGAUGAUGAGGAAGAUAAAUUUGGAGUGAAUCUUGAAAACCCAUCUGGAGAUAACCUUAAAAAACCAAACUUUAAGGAUGAUGGUGCUGUUUUGCCAAAGAGUAAGGGUGCUGACUUUAAAUACCUCCUUGAUGAAGCUCGAUCAAAAUGUCACCAACGUGACUACUUCCCUUCUCUUGAGGAUUUAUUGGCUGUUGUUACUCAUUGUCUAUGGUUAUUGACUAAUCAAUCUGACUCUAUUGUUGACAUUGUUACUGGUCCUCCUGGCGGUUUUUAUGUGGAAGAAAUGGUUGCAUGA